ACUCGGGAGACGUUCCUGUUUGGUUGUCGUUGUCAACUCGGCUCUGGCGAGUCCGGGUGAAGGGGAUAGGCAGGAGGUGAAGGUUCAAGCUUGGCCUGGGCCACCGAGGGGCCUCCCGAGAGAGGCCCGGCCCGCUCUGCUCGCGUCCGCCGGGGCCGCGGGUCUUUCCGGCGCUGUCAGGGCCGAGACGCCGCUCGGGCUGUCGGUCCCCGCCGGGUGCCGGGUCGGGAAGCGUCUGAAGGGCGCGUCCCUGGAGUGUUGUCAUCCACCGUGCGCCUCCCUUCAAAAACCUCCAAAGCAACCUCUGUGGAUUUUUUUCCAGUAGGAAAAUAAUUUCCCGCGUUGGAGAGAUUCCGGAGCGUUCCGGAGGUCGUCAUUCCAAGGAAACCAAUCUGCUUUCCUGAAGAAGAGACAAAGGUAGAAAAGAUGGUGGCUGACCGCUUGAUAAAUUCUCAGCAUUCAGUGACCUUUUAUGAUGUGGCUGUGGAAUUCACCCCAGAAGAGUGGAAUUUACUGGACACAACUCAGAGAUACCUUUACAAAGAUGUGAUGCUGGAGAACUACAAGAACUUGGCCUUUGUAGGAUGUCAGCUCUUCAUACCCAGACUGAUAUCUUGGUUAAAACAAGAAGAGCUGAGGACAGUGGAGAGUGGAGUUUUCAAACAGUGUGAAAUACGACAUAGAAGCAAACAGUCAGCACUUCAGCAGGAAUUUUUUAGGAAACAGACAUCCGAUGGGAUACCAACGGCAAGUAGCUGCGGUGGAGGAGAACUCUGUGACUGUAAGCAAUGUGGAGAAGUCUUCCGUGAACACUCACCCUUUAAGACACACGUGAAGACUCAAAAUCAAGGGAACACUUCUGAGUGUAAUCACAAUGGAAAAGACAUCAUUACUCUCCACAAGAAAACCUCUAUUGGACAGAGACUUUCUGAGUUUGAUCAGUCUAGAAAAGUCCUCAGUCCAACUCCAAGCCUUGCUGUGCUUCUUCAAAUUCUCAAUGCAAGAAAACCCUACAAAUGUAAGGAAUGUGGAAAAGGCUUUAAAUACCUUGCAUGCCUCGAAAAUCACUUGCAAACCCACAGUGGACAGAAACCUUAUGAAUGUAAGGAGUGUGGGAAAGCCUUCACUAGAUUCUCCGGCCUUAUUCGACAUAUAAGAACUCACACAGGAGAGAAGUCUUUUGAAUGUACUGAGUGUGGGAAAGCCUUCCUCUCUUCCUCUCAUUGUGCUAAACAUCUGAAAACUCACAGUGGAGAAAAGCUCUUCGUGUGUGAGAUAUGUGGGAAAGCAUUUAUAUGUUCCUCAUCCCUUAACAUUCACAUUCGAGCUCAUACUGGGGAGAAACCCUUUGUGUGUGAGCACUGUGGGAAAGCAUUUGCUGUUUCCUCAAGCCUAAGUAAACAUACAAGAAUUCACACUGGGGAAUAACCCUGUGCAUAUAAGGGUAUGAGUAUUAUUUAGCCCAUCUGUUGCUGCCUUUUAAUUAUUGGCAUGGAUGUCAAAGAUCACCAGAUUAGUCUUAAUUGCCUUGUGUGGGUUAUAACAGUCAUAGACUUUACUUAGAUCUCAUCCUGAUUCUGUGAAAUAAGACCCACAGUUCCCGCCUGGAAAUUGCUUACAGUUGCCUGAGUCUGGAGCACUUCUGUCCUCUGUAUGGGCAGGUUGGCCUCAGCCUGGUGCUUGGACUCCUAGUGAUGGUACAUGAGAUAAAUCAAACAGGUUUGGUCCUAACUUCUGUUAGUGGCUGCCAGUGUGGCAUACUCAUGUGAAAAUUCAUCAGAAAUCGACAUGAUGUAGGACCUGAAAUGGAUUGUUGGGAGAUGCUUCUCCAAGCUUAUCUUCUGUUCCCACUGAUCCUGUUGAGCAUGCCAAGAAUGAAAACAUCUUUUUUUUCAGCUGGCUAGUUUGGAGAUCUAGACUCUUAACCUUGGUGUUAUUAGCACCAUGCUCUACUGAUUGAGCUAACUGGCCAGCCCCUGAAACCGUGUUUCUUACCUGUUCUAUACUGCUAGUGCAUUUUCUUUUUUUUAAAAUUAUGAAUAUUCAUGAGAUACAAAGCUAAUCAUCACCCCUUGUGCCCAUGAUGUGAGGGUCAGAUUCAUACUGGGAGCAUACCCAUUACCAGAAAUUACUUUUGUACCCCGUGUCCCCCACCAAUUAUGCCCCAACCUCCCUCCCCCUCACCUGUUCCCCCCCCACUCCACUUUGUAGCCCUAGGAAUGUUCCCUCACUCUGUAAGACCAAUGCACUGCUAUGGUCUUUCUUUCCUUCUUUCUUAGCUCCUACAUAUGAGUGAGCACAUGCUAUAUUUAUCCUUCUGUGCUUUGCUUAUUUCACUCAACAUAAGUUUAUCCAGGAUCAUCCAUGUUGCAAAUGGAAGUAUUUCAUUCUUUUUUAUGGCAGAGUAGUAUUCCAUGGUGUAUAUAUAGCACAGUUUCCUUAUCCAGUCAUCAGUCAAUGGACAUUUAGGUUGGUUCCAUAUCUUGGUUAUUGUAAACAGAUCUGCAAUGAACAUGGGAGUGCAGGUAUCCCUUUGACAUGAUGAUUUCCAUUUCCUCUGGGUAUAUACCCAGAAGAGGGAUUGCUGGCUUGUAUGGAAGAUCUAUCUGUAGUUGUUUGAGAAACCUCCAUACUGUUUCCCAUAGUGGUUGUACUAAUUUACAGUCCCACCAACAGUGUAGGAGUGUUCCCUUCUUGCCACAUCCUCGUCAGCAUUUGUUAUUCACCAUCUUUUUGAUUAUAGCCAGUCUAACAGGGGUAAGAGGGUAUCUCAAUGUAGUUUUUUUUUUUUUAAAGACGACCAGUAAGGGUAUCUUAACACUUGACUUGGUGGUGUCAGCACCAUGCUCUCCCAAGUGUGCCAUGGGCUGGCCCCUUCAAUGUAGUUUUAAUUUGCAUUUCCCUGAUGACUAGUGACGUUGAGCAUUUUUUCAUGUACGUGUUGUCCAUUUGUAUGUCUUCCUUUGAAAAAUGUCUAUUCAGCUCCUUUGCCCAUUUUUUAAUUGGGUUGUUUGGUUUUUUACUGUAUAAUUGCUUGAGUUCUAUGCAUAUUCUGGAUAUUAAUCCCUUGUCGGAGCAUAGUUAGCAAAAAUUUUCUACCACUCUGUAGAUUGUUGUUUCACUCUUGAUUUUUUCCUUUGCUGUGCAGAAGCUUUUUAGUUUGAUAUAGUCCCAUUUAUUUAUUUUUUCUUUUGCUGCUUGUGCUUUCAGGCUCAUGUUCAUAAAGCCUUUGCCCAGAUCUAGUUGCUGAAGUGUUUAACCUAUAUUUUCCCUUAAUAAUGUUAUAGUUUCAGGUCUUUAAUCCAUUUUGAGUUGAUUUUAGUGUGUGGUGAGAGAUGCAUAUCUAGCUUCAUUCUUCUGCAUGUGGAUAUCCGGUUUUCCCGGCACCACUUGUUGAAGAGGCAAUCUGAUGGAGUUUGGAUGUGUUGUCCCCUCCAAAACUCAUGUGGAAAUUUGAUCUCCAAUGUGGCAGUGUUGGAAACUGAGUUAUGGGGGUGGAUCCCUCAUGAAUGGAUUAAUGCCCUCCCUGGGGGAGGGGGUAUUAAUGAGUGAGUUCUCACUCCAGUAGUUCCCGCGAGAGCUUGUUGCUUAAAAAGACCCUGGCGCCUUCUCUCUCUCUCUCUUGCUUCCUCUUGCCAUGUGAUCUGCUUGUACGCGCCGGCUGCCUGCCACUUUCUGCCAUGAGUAGAAGCAGUCUGAGGCCCAUGCCAGAUGCAGCUGUCCCAGAAUCGUAAGCCAAAUAAACCUCUUUUCUUUAUAAAUUACCCAGUCUCAGGUAGUUCUGUUAUAGCAACACAGAAAGGACUAAAACACAAUCUUUUCCCCAGUGUAGAUAUUUGUUGCCUAUAUCCAAUAUCAGAUGGCUGUAAGCCUGAGGGGUGAUUUCUGUGUUCUCGAUUCUACUCCACUGGUCUGAAUGUCUAUUUUUAUACCAGUAUCAUGCUGUUUUGGUUACAAUAGCUUUGUAAUAUAAUUUGAAGUCGGCUAGUAUUAUGCCUCUGGCUUUAUUUGCCCAGGAUUGCUUUGGCUAUUCAGGGUCUUUUGUUGUGCCAUAUGGAAAGUAAGAUUGUUUUUUCCAUUUCUGUGAAGAAUGUCAUUGGUGUUUUGAUGGGGAUUGCAUUUAAUCUGUAGAUCGCUUUGGGUAGUAUAGACAAUGUUAAUUCUCCCAAUCCAAGAGUAUGGAAUAUCUUUCCAUGGUCUUUUUGUCUUCUUAUUUCUUUCAAAAGUCGUUUGUAGUUCCCAUUGUAGAGGUCUCUCACCUCCUUGGUUAAAUUGAUCCACAGGUAUUUUAUUUUUUUCAUGACAAUUGUAAAUGGGCUUACUUUUUAAAUUUCUCUUUCUGUUAGUUUCACAGCUGAUUCUCUCUGUGUUCCCUUCUUGUAAAAUCCAAGGUGUCCAACAGGCUUACCCAUUCUUUCCUACCUUCUGUGUCUAUUUUAAAUCUCAGUGGCAGCAACCAGGCACACCAUCACCCUGAGGCAUGGACCCAGGAACUGGACCCUCCUCCCAUAACCAGGCACACUGCCAGCACCACGGGGCCUGCCUGGCGCCCUGAGGCAUGGACCCAGGGACUGAACCCUCCUCCCACAACCAGGCACACUGCCAUUUCCACAGGGCCUGCCUGGGAUCCUGAAGUUUGGAACUGGGAGCCACCAGCAACUAGGUAAGGAGCAUGCCAGAAACAUUACCUCCAUGUCCACGGUCCACGACAGCCAGCACAGUAACCAUGGCUGCCACAAAAGUGGUCAUGCCACAACCACUGUGCUGAUGGUCCAUCAGCCACUAGAAUGCAUUGACAUAAAGAGUCACCAGCAGACACCAAAGAAAGGAAGAGGAUGUUUCCACAAAGCCCAUUCCAGAGAAACAGAAGAAGCAUCUGCCUUAUGAUGAUAUUGGCGGACCUGAACACACCUCUCAGCAUUUCACAGGUCAUCUAGGCAACAAAUCAACAGAGUAACCAUUACUCGUUCAGAAGGAGAGAAGAAGUCUAGGGUUAUCAGAGGUGGGAGGGGAGAAGGUGAGGAGAAUGGGAAGAGACUGGACAAGGGGCAUAAAGAAUAAGUACAAUUUGUAACAAUAUAUAUGUAAGUAAUAGUGAUUUGAUCAACAUAUGUCAACAUUGAACCCCCAAAAUAUGUAAAUAUGUGUAAUCAAUUAUGAUUCAAUAAAAAUUUUAAAAAUCUCAGUGGCAGUGUCUCUGCUAGUGUAAUCCAGUCUCUUCCUCACUGCUGUUGAGAUAGCUGAUACAGCUGAGGAGUCCCACCCAUGAUCGCUUUAUGAAAUGGUUGUUUAGCCAUACCUUUAGAUUCUCUUCAGUAUAAGCUUUCUCAAUUUUUUGCAAUAUGGAUAGACUGAGAAUUUUCCAAAUCUCCAAACUCCUGUUUCUUUUUGCUGAAUAAUUCCUUCUGCAACUCAACUCUCCUCUUUUUGCAUUUUACUAUAAAUUGGAGGAACAAAUUAUCCUUAUUUGAGCAUCACAUAUUGCACAGAAGUAUUGAUAUUCAACUCUGUACUCCACAGAUAUGUACAAUCAACUAUGUUACAAUAAAUAAAGGAUUCUUUUCUCUGUUUUCCAGUGAUGUUCCUCAUUCCCUAGAAACACCCCAACAGAAUUACCCUUCUUAUUUCUACCUUGCAUUUUAAAACUUUUCCAGCCUCUACCUGUUACUCAAUUUCAAAGCUAUUUUUACCUUUUUAGGUAUUUUUUACUGCAGCACCCCACUUCUUGAUACCAAAAUCCAGAUGAAGUGGCUUAAAAAUUCAUUUAAUUUUAAAGAAAGGAAUGUG